GGCACUGCCAGACCCGCGCGAGCUCGCGUACAAUCCAGCCAGCCAAGCAACACAAGCGCACGGUCACGCACCCACCUGCUUGCUGUUCGAUCGGCUCUGGAGGACGCGCUCGAUCUAUCGCGGCAGCUCGGCUACUGGGAUCGGUGUCGGCAUCGGCUGAUGGCUUCGUCGUCGUCGAGGCGGCUGCUCGCGGUUGUCUUCGCCGUGCUCGCGGUCGUCUUCCUCGCGGGCGUCGCCGGCGCCGCGAGGCCGGCGCCGGCGAGCGGUGGCGGGAUGGGCGGCGGGGGCGAGGCCGCGGCGUACCUGGUGGUGGACUCGGCAGCGGCGGUGGUGGACAAGGCGAGGGAGACGGUCGAGAUGCUCAUGGCGAGGCUGCCGGCGGGGCCCAGCCCCAGGGGCCCCGGUCACUAGGGGAUCUUCGGAUAUCGGAUCCGUGUGCGGCUGAUUACGAUCACUACAAGGAUGUAUAUACAGAGGCCACACGAGAACGUGGCAUAUACAUACAUACAUACAUAGGUUGAUGAUGCCAUACUAAACUGUAUAUACUCUGCUGCCGAGGCAUGUACUUGCACUGGUGUCUUGUCUUGGUUACAAGAUUCUUUGAGACACUUUUUUUUUCUUUUUAGUUCUUGGUUACUACUUACGUACUGUACUAGCAUAGGUUUUGCACAAAACUUCCAUUUCAAUAUUCCACAUUAUUGCUCAAUGAGAUUGUAUAAAUUAAAUUUGAAGGUGGAAUUCUUAUUCUCCCAAU